AUGGAAUACGACAGUACACCGUUCAUACCUCCUCCGCUGACGAUUUUCUACCAUCUCUACUGGUUAUUGCGAUGGGUUCGAGUACGGAACUUCUCCAGAAAGAAUCUUCUAGACGCCUCGCUAAAGCUCUUCUUGUCCGAUGAACAGAUCGAACGAAUUCAUUCAUUCGAAGAGGAAUGCAUCGAAGAUAUGGAACGAGAGAAAGAUAUUCGAAAACAAAGUUCGAAUGAUGAACGAAUUCAUCGUACUGCUGAACGAUCAGAUCAAAUUUUGAAUAGGUAA